AUGUUGCCUCCAUUCAAUAUUGGUAGCCACUAUUCGCAAUGUUACACCAAGUUUCUGGCUGCUCUAGCUCUCCUGGUUUUCCUGGGCAAGACGAACUCCAUUCUUAGCCGUUGGGUGGCCAACAAUUGGACAAGUAGCGAUGCGUGGCAGCCAGAGCGCGAGAUAGCCAUCGUAACGGGUGGGAGCAAUGGUAUCGGCAAACAAAUCGCAACUGAUCUCGCUGUCGCCGGAGUGCGGGUAAUUAUUCUCGACAUCCAUAAGCCCUCAUCCCUACCUAAGAAUGAUCACUUCUACCACGCCGAUGUUACCUCCUCCGACGGUAUUCGCGGUAUCGGCAAGAGGAUCCGCGCAGAGUAUGGGGGCCCCACCGUGCUGAUCAACAACGCGGGUGUAGGGUACCCCGGUAGCAUUCUUGAGAAACCAGAGAUCAAAAUCCGUCGGACCUUUGAGAUUAAUACCAUUUCGCAUUUCCUUCUGGUUCGGGAGUUCUUGCCAGCGAUGGUCCGACAGAACCAUGGACACGUUGUUACUAUCGCGAGUAUGGCCAGCUUCGUAGUGGCUGGCAACAUGGUAGAGUAUGCCUGCUCCAAGGCCAGUGCGUUGGCGUUUCAUGAGGGACUGAGUCAGGAACUGAAAUUUUAUUAUAAUGCUCCCAAGGUCCGAACAAUUGUUAUUCAUCCGAUCUGGGUGCGUACAGAGAUGAUCAAGCCCCUUGACCUGGAAAACAGCUUUCAGCAGACAGUUCUGGCCCCCGAAAUGGUUUCACAGGCAGUGGUGCGGCAGGUCAUCACACAGAAGAGCGGUCAGGUUAUUCUCCCCCAGUCUCAUAUUUCUUUCAGUGCAGUGCGUGCUCUCCCUUCUUGGCUUCAAGAGAAAGUUCGGAAUAUUGCGUCCCAGACCUUAAAAACCGUGCGAGAAUAA